GGGCGUUGCUGCGGGCGGCUAGGGGCGAGAGUGAGGCCGCGGAGCCGCCGAGAGGCGACGGCGGGAGCUAGAGAGGACGCAGGUCUAGGUUGGCUGUGCAAGGGGAGCGGCGGCCCGGGCCCCAAGCCGGGGUGUGUGUGACGGCGGAGGCGGGGCCUUGCUGCCGCCAUGACUGAGGAGGCAGAGGAGACGGUUCUGUACAUUGAGCACCGCUAUGUCUGCUCUGAGUGCAACCAGCUUUAUGGCUCUCUGGAGGAGGUGCUCAUGCACCAGAACUCCCAUGUACCCCAGCAGCACUUUGAGCUGGUAGGUGUGGCCGACCCUGGAGUCACUGUGGCUACAGAGGCAGCUUCAGGCACAGGUCUCUAUCAGACCCUAGUGCAGGAGAGCCAGUACCAGUGCCUGGAGUGUGGGCAGCUGUUGAUGUCACCCAGCCAGCUUCUGGAGCACCAAGAGCUACACCUGAAGAUGAUGGCACCCCAGGAGGCAGUGCCAGUUGAGCCACCACCCAAAACGCCUUCCUUGAGCUCUAGCACUAUCCACUACGAGUGUGUGGACUGCAAGGCUCUCUUCGCCAGCCAGGAGCUCUGGCUGAACCACCGGCAGACGCAUCUCCGGACCACUUCCACUAAGGCUCCCACCCCAGUUGUCCUGGGGUCCCCAGUUGUCCUGGGGUCCCCAGUUGUCCUAGGGCCCCCUGUGGGCCAGGCCCGCGUGGCUGUGGAGCACUCGUACCGAAAGGCAGAAGAGGGUGGGGAAGGGGCAGCUGUCCCGUCUGCAGCUGCCACCACCACUGAGGUGGUAACUGAGGUGGAGCUACUCCUCUACAAGUGCUCUGAGUGCUCCCAGCUCUUCCAGCUGCCAGCCGACUUCCUGGAGCACCAGGCCACCCACUUCCCUACUCCUGCCCCAGAGUCUGAGGAAUCUGCCUUACAGCAAGAGACCCUGACUCCAUCAUCUGCGGAGAUGGCCGUGUCUCAACCUGACCCCCUGCCUGCCUCUGACCACAGUUAUGAGCUUCGCAAUGGUGAAGCCAUUGGGCGUGAUCGCCGGGGUCGCAGGGCCCGGAGGAACAACAAUGGAGAGCCAGGUGGGGCAGCCACGCAGGAGCUCUUUUGCUCAGCCUGUGACCAGCUCUUUCUCUCACCCCACCAGCUACAGCAGCACCUGCGGAGUCACCGGGAGGGAGUUUUUAAGUGCCCCCUAUGCAGUCGUGUCUUCCCCAGCCCUUCCAGUCUGGACCAGCACCUUGGAGACCACAGCAGCGAGUCCCACUUCCUGUGUGUAGACUGUGGCCUGGCCUUCGGCACAGAGGCUCUCCUCCUGGCCCACCGGCGAGCCCACACCCCGAAUCCUCUGCAUUCAUGUCCAUGUGGAAAGACCUUCGUCAACCUCACCAAGUUCCUUUAUCACCGGCGUACCCAUGGGGUGGGGGGUGUCCCUCUGCCCACGACACCUGUUCCUCCAGAGGAACCUGUCAUUGGGUUCCCUGAGCCAGCCCCAGCAGAAACUGGAGAACCAGAGGCCCCGGAGCCCCCCAUGUCUGAAGAGAGCUCAGCAGGGCCAACUGCCCCAGGCACCUACCGCUGCCUCCUGUGCAGCCGUGAGUUUGGCAAGGCAUUGCAGCUGACCCGACACCAGCGUUUUGUGCAUAGGCUGGAACGGCGCCAUAAGUGCAGCAUUUGUGGUAAGAUGUUCAAGAAGAAGUCUCAUGUGCGUAACCACCUGCGCACGCACACGGGGGAACGACCCUUCCCCUGCCCUGACUGCUCCAAGCCCUUCAACUCGCCUGCCAACCUAGCCCGCCACCGACUCACACACACAGGCGAGCGGCCCUACCGGUGUGGGGACUGUGGCAAGGCUUUCACGCAAAGCUCCACACUGAGGCAGCACCGUCUGGUGCACGCCCAGCACUUCCCCUACCGCUGCCAAGAAUGCGGGGUGCGUUUUCACCGCCCUUACCGUCUGCUCAUGCACCGCUACCACCACACGGGCGAGUACCCCUACAAGUGUCGUGAGUGCCCUCGCUCCUUUUUGCUGCGCCGGCUUCUGGAGGUGCACCAGCUUGUGGCCCAUGCUGGGCGCCAGCCUCACCGCUGUACAUCCUGUGGGGCGGCCUUCCCCUCCUCACUGCGGCUCCGUGAGCACCGCUGUGCAGCUGCUGCUGCCCAGGCCCCACGGCGUUUUGAGUGUGGCACCUGUGGCAAGAAAGUGGGCUCAGCUGCUCGGCUUCAGGCACAUGAGGCGGCUCAUGCAGCUGCUGGGCCUGGAGAGGUCCUAGCUAAAGAGCCCCCAGCCCCUCGGGCCCCGCGGGCCACUCGCACACCAGUCGCCUCCCCAUCAGCCCUUGGAAGCACUACCACCGCAGCCCCUGUGGCCCCUGCCCGACGCCGGGGCCUGGAGUGCAGCGAGUGCAAGAAGCUGUUCAGCACAGAAACAUCGCUGCAAGUACACCGGCGCAUCCACACAGGCGAGCGGCCGUACCCGUGUCCUGACUGUGGCAAGGCCUUCCGUCAGAGUACCCAUCUGAAAGAUCACCGGCGCCUGCACACAGGCGAGCGGCCCUUUGCCUGUGAAGUGUGUGGCAAGGCCUUUGCCAUCUCCAUGCGCCUGGCAGAACAUCGCCGCAUCCACACGGGCGAACGGCCCUACUCCUGCCCUGACUGUGGCAAGAGCUACCGCUCCUUCUCAAACCUUUGGAAGCACCGCAAGACCCACCAGCAGCAGCAUCAGGCAGCUGUGCGGCAACAGCUGGCAGAGGCAGAGGCUGCUGUUGGCCUGGCUGUGAUGGAGACUGCAGUAGAGGCACUGCCCCUGGUGGAGGCCAUUGAGAUCUACCCUCUGCCUGAGGCUGAGGGUGUCCAGAUCAGUGGCUGACUGCCCCAUUUCCUUCUUCAGCACUAUCAGGCCCUGUUGCUGAAGGUCCUCGUCCAACAUUCUCUUAAACCUCUGUAUGUACUGUGUCCCUUCUUUUUCCCCUCCUCACCACCAUGUAAGUUCUGUAGCUGGGUUUAUUCUCUUCUCAGGGGGGUGCUCUGGGGUCCUUGAUAUGCACAAAGGUCUUCCUCCUCCCCACCUUCUACCUGUUAGCACUGAUGGCCCCAAAGUGAAACAGUAAUAAAGACUGAGUUGGACAUAUA